AUGGUGACUAACAAAUCAUAUCGUGAGAGGUCUGACACAAGUUCCUCCCCCGUCACUAGGCGCUUGUUUCAUUUAAUGGAACAGAAACAAUCAAAUUUGUGUGCGUCAGUGGAUGUUAGAACCACCAAGGAACUAUUAUCAUUGGUUGACAAGCUUGGACCUUACAUAUGCUUGGUCAAAACACAUAUCGACAUCAUCGAUGACUUCUCGUACGAGGAAACUAUUCUUCCCCUACUCGAGCUAUCGAAGAAGCACAAAUUCAUGAUAUUUGAGGACAGGAAGUUUGCAGAUAUUGGAAACACAGUGAAGCAUCAAUACACUGGUGGAGUCUAUAAGAUUGCCAAAUGGGCAGAUUUGACAAAUGCACAUGGCGUCACUGGUGAGGGGGUGGUUAAAGGAUUGAAAGAAGGAGCUCAAGAAACCACUGAUGAAGCUAGAGGAUUGUUGAUGUUGGCUGAACUUUCGUCAAAGGGCUCUUUAGCAUACGGGGAGUAUUCUAAGAAAACAAUAGAUAUUGCCAAAACCGACAAGGAUUUUGUCAUGGGAUUUAUUGCUCAAAACUAUAUGGGAGGCACCGAUGAAGGUUUUGAUUGGGUAAUCAUGACUCCUGGGGUUGGUUUGGACGACAAAGGCGACAAUUUGGGUCAGCAAUAUAGAACAGUUGAUGAGGUUAUAUCCAAGGGCACGGAUGUGAUAAUUGUUGGUCGCGGCUUGUUUGGAAAAGGAAGAGACCCUGUUGUUGAAGGUAAAAGAUACAAAGAGGCUGGCUGGAAUGCAUACUUGAAAAGGGUAGCAGCCGGCAGGUAA